UUUUAGAGACGGGCUUGACCAGGAAACAACCCCGCGAAACGGCACUACAAAACAUUGGAUUAGUUCCCCCCCAAACAUCUAUUUUCCUUUCCUUCUGGGGUAAAAGUGAACACCGGAGCUGGAGCUCAACGAUGAGCUCGUCGGAAACUUCUGACCGGUUUGAAUAUUUACAAACUCUGGUCACAGAAUUUCAGGACACCGAUAGUGAAGAGGCAAAGGAGCAGGUUCUGGCUAAUCUUGCCAACUUUGCGUACGACCCAAAGAACAUGGAGUAUCUGCAAGAGCUGCAAGUGACAGACCUUUUCCUGGACAUGUUGACGGAGGAGAAUGAAAACUUUGUGGAGUUUGGAAUGGGGGGGUUGUGUAAUCUCAGUAUGGACCCUGAAUGCCGAGACGUCAUCCUGCAGAGCGGUGGGAUCAGCUUGGUCACAAACUGUCUGUCGAAGCAGAGGGAAGAGACGGUGCUGUCAGCCAUCACCACCCUCGUGAACCUCACGACGCCUGCAUCCCGCUCUCAGAUCACGGAACCAGGCGUAGUGCAGUGCAUGCUGCGCUUUUCCCUCGCCGAGAGCCCUCGUCUGCGCAACCUGGCCGCUGUGUUUCUGCAGGACUGCUGCACCGAGGAGCAGGUGAAGCAGGCCGAGCAGCAGAUGCAAGGCCGGCAGACGGCGAUAGGAAUCCCGCUUCCCAAGGACUGAGAACUCUGUUUUAUACUGUGUGGCCAAAACACACUGAAGCAACUCUUUCAAUCUGUUGUGGAUGGAUGCUAAACCUCCCUUCUUGGGCCUCCUCUUCUUCCUCUUCCACAUUUAAUGAGGUCCUGGUGUUGUGGAAGGAGGAGUGACUCUUCUUAUGGUUCUGGAUGUGGUUAAGUUUGGGAUCAGAGCUGGCUUCUGUCUACAGGAAAGGGACAAUCACAAAUGGUUUCCACAAGAAUGCAAGGGAUGUUUUAAUAUCUAAAAUACACUUGCAAACUGGAGCAUUGAAACUCUUCUUGUUAAUGUCAUGUAUUUAUUUUGAAUUUUUUUCUGUAUUUUUACAAGAAAAAUAUUGUAUUGAACAGGAGUGAUAAAUGUUGGACACACUUGUGUGCAAAACUGGCUUCUGCUCUGCUUUUUCCUUCAAAAUAGAUGUGCUUCAGUCUUAA